UGCUCGUCCAAUGGCAUUCGGUGUAACGUUCCACACACAGCAAGAUGUUACCACUCGUGCUCGUAGUUUCCGUUCUGCUACAGCUGUCCUCGCAACAAGAAGUUCCAGGCGUGUUGCAGAAAAGGAACAAACAAGCAGGCCAACGUACAGCUUUUUCCAGUGACAACGAAACAUGCGAUGGAACGCGGUAUUUUUCAACAUGUGCCGGCUGUGAUGCAGUGAACGUAUGCUUAGGUGAAGGCAUGGAUUGGCGUUACUGUCGGCAGAUGAGUCCGGACAAGCCCUAUUGCAACAAUGGAGAAUGCUCGGCUACUCCUGGGAACUACGAAUAUUGCCCUCCCAGCUUAUACUGUAGUGGAUCUGGAUACUAUCCAGACCCCAACAACUGCGACAUCUACCAUUUUUGUGAGGAAAAGUACAGCAUGUCAUCCGUGUACAAGUGUCCAAGCAACUAUGUAUUCAACCCGGCAACAAACUUCUGUAAACGCAAAGUGCAAGAAAGUGACUGCAUGAAAGUGAACUGCUCACCGGAAGUAAUAUUUUCCGCUUACGGAACCAGCAAACGAUUCUUCGGCUACUGUAGGUACGGCUCAGGCCUGUAUCCCUACGAAACGGAGGUACAUAGGUGCCCAGAGGGAACGGAAUUCAACGGAAAGACAUGCGCCUUCCAGUGCCCUGCCGAAGGACGGUUCCCUGACAGCUCAAACCAGAGGGGCUACUAUGAAUGCUACUACUUGGACGGAGUGGACGAAGCAUUGACUGCCGUCUACCAAACUUGCCCAGUUGACAAAGUAUACGAUUCGAAACUGUCCACGUGUGUUCAGCUGGUGACUACUACACGUGCAACAACUACUAGUUUGUGAUAUGGAAAAUGACGCCAUAAUAUCACUGUAUCUUUAUGGAAGAAAUUUACGUUUAGUAUAAAAUAUACAAAUAUAAAACAUUAGAAAA